GUAAAUUUCCAGCCACCAGCUCCUCCACCCUGAACGCAACCUCCUAAAAUAGCAGCGCGACUUCGGGAAGCCUCAGGAAAAAAUGGCUGAAAGUGUUUCAGCAAUAACUCGACAAGUUACAAAAGAAAGCCAGGAAACUUGUAAUUCAUCUGUCGAUAUUCGUCUUGAGGACGUGGAAGACUGUUUAAUUUACGACCGGCUUGGAGUCUCUAUUCCUUUCAAGAAAUUAUAUGAAGACCGGAAAUCGGUGAUAAUUUUCGUCCGGAAUUUCCUGUGCUAUAGCUGUAAAGAAUAUGUGGAUGAUUUGAGCAAAAUCCCCAGAGAGGCCCUGAAGGAUGCCAACAUUAGACUGGUUGUGAUUGGUCAAUCUGCUCACCAACAUAUAGAGCCAUUUUGCUCUCUGACCCGGUAUCCUCAUGAAAUAUAUGUUGACCCGGAGAGGAAUAUUUACCAAAAGCUGGGGAUGACGAGAGAAGAAAUAUUUACAGACUCAGCUCACCCUAGCCCCCAUGUGAAGUCUGGGAUGUUAACGGGGCAAAUGAAGAGUAUAUGGAGGGCCAUGACCAGCCCUUUAUUUGACUUCCAGGGUGACCUGCAUCAACAGGGUGGAGCCCUCAUUGCAGGUCCAGGCUCUCAAGUUCAUUUCGCCCAUUUUGACACAAACCGCCUGGACCAUAUGCCCAUUAACUGGCUCCUGCAGCUCGCCGGAGUUCAACAGACUCUGGACUUCAGCGAUAAGCCAAAGAUCAUCCAUGUGUAGACAGCUGGUGGUGCUGAAAGUCAACUUCAUCCCACACCACAAGUUAUUAAAACAUAUACAGGGAUAUACAGGUUGCUUGUUGGAUAUCUCUCACCGUCAAACUGCAACCACAGGAGUUUGAGGCCACAUCAUUCAGUGUGAACGUUUAACCUUGACCAAAACCAGAAUCUGAACUUAAAGUCUUAAAUGUUUCCAGAGGCUUACAGUCACAUCUCAAGGGCUGAUCAAGUUGAAAAUAGUAGAAAAGGUUACUUGGCAGUAAAUUGAGCAGACUUGCUCUGCCAAGGAAGACCAUGAAACCAGAGGUUUUGAGCUAAGAUUUGUAUUAGUCGUAAUAUAGUCAGUUUUCUAAAGUCACAAUGUGUGUCUGAGGGAGUGGGGAGAAAAAUCUAAUAAAAAAUGUGUCUGUUUUCUUUGUCUACAUGUUUCCCUUUCCACCAUUCUUGCAGUGCCUUGUUAUUCUUGUUAUUGUUUGUAAUUCUAAGAUGAUUGUGUGGUUAGUAACUCAUGUAUGAACGCGUCAUGAUCACUAAUAUCACAGAAUGGCUGUCACAAACUCACAUUCUAAUACUUGCUUUCCUUACAGUGCACAUUUUUUUUUAAAAUAAAUUAAAUUGUAUAUUCUUGG